GUUGCAGACACGCAGUAAUUACACAUCUUCAGCAGCGGGAACAUUUCCACAAACAAAACAAAGACACGGCUGAGGGGCGGCCCUCGUUAUUUUUCGACGUUAAACUUGUUUUUAUCUUUCUCUUGAUCGAGUCAGACGACUGGUUUAGAGCAGUUUGAUUUAAAAAUUAAGAAAACGACGACCAUCUGAAAGCAAAAUGUCGACGCCAGAGGCUGCGCCAGAGAAACAAGGCCAAGGAAAUGCGGUGACCAACGGCAAGUCCAACCAAGAGAGCAGGAAGGAGAGACCCUCAAAACGUGGUGGUGGUGGACGGUUCGAGCCCUACGGAAACCCCAACAAGAGAUACCGUGUGUUUGUUAGCAACAUUCCAUAUGAUGUUAAAUGGCAAACACUGAAAGAUCUCAUGAAGGAAAAAGUGGGUGAGGUAACGUACGUGGAACACUUAAUGGACGCAGAAGGCAAAUCAAGGGGUUGUGCGGUGGUUGAGUUCAGAACUGAAGAACUAAUGAAAAAAGCUGUAGAGAAAGUCAACAAACACGUCAUGAAUGGACGCCCUCUAAAGGUUAAGGAGGAUCCAGAUGGUGUAAUUGCCCAGCGUGAAGCUCAUCGAGCCCAGGGAGGAGGUGGUGGUGGUGCCCCAGGCAUGGGAGGCAUGGGUGGAGGCAUGGGAGGUGGCAUGGGUGGAGGCAUGGGAGGUGGCAUGGGUAUGGGUCCAGGGCCUGGUGGUCCUCAAAUGGUUAGCAUUCCUCCUAGCCUCAUGAACAACCCCAACAUCCCCAACGAAAUCAUACACGGGCUCCAGGCUGGAAAAAUCGGAAGCACUGUUUUUGUGGCAAAUCUGGACUACAAAGUUGGAUGGAAGAAGCUGAAGGAGGUGUUUGGAAUGGCUGGAGUGGUGGUGCGUGCUGAUAUUCUGGAGGAUAAGGAUGGAAAAAGCAGAGGCAUGGGAACAGUCACAUUUGAGAUGCCCAUUGAAGCUGUUCAAGCAGUCUCCAUGUUGAAUGGACAGCUCCUCUUCAACAGGGUCAUGCAUGUCAAACUGGAUGAGAAAUCUUUACCCAAAGGUGACUUUGCACCUCCAGAGCGCCCAUCAGCGCUUCCUCGUGGUCUGAGCGGCAUCGGUCUUGGUCUGGGACCCGGUGGUCAGCCCAUUGAUGCAACCCAACUCAACCGAGGCGGAAUGGGCAACAUGGGACCAGGAGGAAUGGAUGUUAUGGGCUUUGGUGGCAUGGGUAGAAUGGGAGGGAUGGAUAACUUUGGAGGUGGAAUGAACAACAUGGAUCGCUUCGGACCCUCUGGAAUGGGGAGGAUGAAUGAUAUGGAUCGUGGUAUCGGUGGUGGCUUUGAUAGAGAAUUCGGUGGCCGUAAUGACAUGGGAAUGUCCCGAAACAACUUCGGAGACUCUUUUGACAGAGGAAUGGGAAAUUCAAUGGGAAUGGAUCGCAUGACUGCUGGCAUAGACCGGCUCGGUGGUGGCAUGGAUCGCAUGGCAGGUCUAGACCGAAUGGGAAUGGAUCGCAUGGAUCGUGUGUCUGAUCUGGAUCGACUGGGCUCUGGUUUCGACCGAAUGGGAUCUGGUCUUGACCGGCUGGCCCCCAGUAUGGAUCGGCUGGGUUCAGGCCUCGACCGCAUGGGCUCCAGUGUGGACCGCCUCGGCCCUGCUGGGUUUGAUCGCUUGGGUCCGUCCAGCUUGGACCGUAUGAGUGGUGGAAUGGACUUUGCCUCACCUAUGGGAAUGGAUCGGAUGAAUGCUGGCCUGGAUCGGAUGGGUUCCAAUUUCGACCGCAUGGGCUCUGCCGGCAUGGACCGCUUCCCCACCUCAGGCCUUGACCGUAUGGGUUCCAGCUUAGAUCGUAUGGGCUCUGGUGGCGUGGGUGGCCAGUUUGACAGACCAGCAGAUAUGGAUCGUGGAAACUUUGGCACUCCUUUUGGUGGUUCUGGACAAGGAGGGCCAGGGGGUGUUGGAGCCAAUGCCAGGAAGGGUUGCCAGAUCUUUGUCAGAAAUCUGCCCUUUGACUUCACCUGGAAAAGUUUGAAGGACACCUUCAACUCAUGUGGGAUUGUGCAGUAUGCAGACAUAAAAAUGGAUAACGGAAAAUCCAAGGGAUGUGGUGUGGUGCGCUUUGAUAACCCGGAGACUGCUGAGAGAGCCUGCCGUACCAUGAAUGGCUACCGGCUCAAUGGGCGAGAGAUUGACGUCAGGAUUGACAGAAAUGCAUAAUCUUUUGCCUUCCAGAUGUGAUUCUCUCCAUCCCCCUCACUGUGCUUUCCAGUAUAUUCGUCAGUUACGUAUUUGUAUAGGUGCAGAAUUGUGCACUUUUUAGUUUUUGCUUAUGACUUUUAGAGACCAAAUUUUUUUUUUCUCCCUUAUCCCUACCACUUUUUAUUGUAAUGCUUUUCAACAAAUUGCCUUUGUUAAAGGUUUGGUAAUAAAUCUCAACGAGAGC